CUAUAAUUUUGCUCCACGUCGGCUGCAGCUGCGCAGAAGCUGUUUCACCUGUAAAAAGAUAUGCGAAUCGCUAACGAAGGCGAUCAGAGACUGGAUGCUUGGCCCACUUCAGAACAAUAAAAAAAAUCUUUGGAAUAGCUUUGUCAUAUGUUGAAAGAUGUUUAAGAAACUGAAGCAAAAGAUAAACGAGGAGCAAUCACCGCAAAGGAAUGCGCAGUCACCACAACAGGCCCAGGUGAACACCGCAGACAGGCGCAGUCUCAACCCGCCGCUGCACCAGGAUGGCCCGGCUUCUCCCAACGACAGAGAGCUGCUGGCCGGGAUGAUAGCAGAGCCUGCUUUUCUGUCUGAGUAUACUAUCUUUGCUCUGGACCACUCAAAACCACCCAAACCGCCUCAGGGUGCCAGUGCGAGUGGCGGCAGAGCUGCGGGAUCUCCCAGAGGCAGCGUCAAUGGAGACGGGAGCGCCUCUCCUCAGCGUGAUGAGCCUCAGUCUCUGGCUCAGAAGCUGCAGCAGAAGGUGUCCUCCGUGGAGUCCCUGUUCCGCGGCUCCAGCCCCUCCGUCCCGGGCCUGUUCCGCGCCGGCUCUCGGGACAGCCUGGUGCGCAGCGCCUCGCGCGAGUCGCUCACCCCGCUGGGGGAGACCGAUCCGCAGGCCGCCGCUCCGUCCUACGACCCGUCGUCCGACAUCGAGAGCGAGGCCGAGGACGCCACGCCGGGCCACGCCGACGCCCACGCCCUGCCCAAGGAGGACCUCCUGCAUCGGCUGCAGCGCGUGGAAAAGAGCCUGGCCAACUACAGGUCCAAGUACUCCGAGCUGGUCAUUGCCUACCGAACCGUGCACAGAGACAAGGAGAAGACCCAGGCCAUCCUCAGUCAGAGUCAGGAUAAAUCUCUGCGGAGGAUCGGGGAGCUGAGAGAGGAGCUGCAGAUGGACCAGCAGGCCAAGAAGCACCUGCAGGAGGAGUUUGACGCUACGCUGGAGGAGAAGGACCAGAUGAUCACAGUGCUUCAGACGCAGGUGGCUCUGAUGAAGAAGCGGCUGCAUGGCGCUCCGGGGCUGGGAGUCCCCGCGGAGGGAGAGGCCAAGCCGAGUGUGGAAAUCAGGGAGACGGCGUCCGCUCCCCCGAGCCCCUCCAGAGAGCUGGGCGCCGAGGCCCCCAGUCAGGCAGAGGGCAGCGUGGAGCCAGGGCAGGAUGCGGCGGAGGUGCUGCAGCAGCGUGUGAAGCGUCAGGAGAACCUGCUGCAGCGCUGCAAGGAGCUGCUGCGCACACACAAGGAGCGCAGCGCCCAGCUGGCCAGCGAGAACGACGCUCUGCAGCAGCAGCUCCAGGAGAGGCUGCAGGAGCUGGAGAAGACGAAGGAACUUCACACAACUGAGAAGACGAAGCUGAUCACGCAGCUGAGAGACGCCAAGAACCUCAUCGAGCAGCUGGAGCAGGACAAGGGCAUGGUGAUAGCGGAGACCAAGCGUCAGAUGCACGAGACGCUGGAGAUGAAGGAGGAGGAGGUGGCCCAGCUGAGGGGGCGUGUCCAGCAGGCCGUGGCCCAGAAGGAGGAGCUACAGGAGCAGAAGGAGAAGAAUGAGAAAUCAGGCUUUGAGGAGCUGGAGCGUGCCCUGGGUGUGGCCCAGCGGGCGGAGGAGGCGCGGCGGCAGCUCCAGGUGCAGAUGGAGGAGCGGGUGAAGGAGGUGGAGGAGGCCAGCGAGGAGGAGCGCAAGAGUCUGCAGCAGGAGCUCACGCGGGUCAAGCAGGAGGUGGUCAACAUCAUGAAGAAGUCUUCUGAGGACAGGAUUGCGGAGUUGGAGCGUACACACACAGAAGCUCUCGCCAGCAAAGAAGAGGAACUCCAAGCUCAGAUUCAUCAAGCUGUGGAGCAGUGUCGUGAGGAGAUGAACCAGGCUGCGCAGGAGAGCGAGCAGCAGGCCUCUCUUGCAGUCGAAGAAGCGGAGCUGCAGAAAACUGCCCUGCAGGCGGGGGCGGAGAAUAAGGCCAAGGAGCUGCUGCUGGAGCUGGAGACGGCCAGAACUAAAAUACUAGAGCUGGAAAGCUCCUUGGAAAGACACUCUGAGGGGGAAGGCGACCAGGAGCUCUCAUCACAGAUGGAAGAACUGAAGAAAAGACAUGAAGCGGACUUGUUGGCCGUCGAGGGGAAGCACCAGGAGCUCUUGGAGAAGUGUAAGGCUGAGCAGGCAGAGGCCCUGAAUCGGCAGCAUGGCGUCACCGUGCAGGAGCUUCAGGACAAACACAAAGCAGAAGUGGAGGCCAUCCUGAAGGACAGUGAGACGCAGUUCCACGUCCACAUCGAGGACAUGAACCAGAAGACGCUGGAGAAGCUGGACGUGAAGCAGACCGAGCUGGAGGCCUUGUCCUCCGAGAUUUCGGAAGUCACCAAGAGUAGGCUGCUCCUCGAGGAGAAACUCGCCGCCGCUGAAGAAGCCAGCAAGUCGGCGAGGGAGGAGUUUGAAGCAAGGCUUCAGGAGGAGCAGGCGAAAUAUCAAGCCGAUGUGGAGGGCAUCAAGCUCCAACACGAGGAGUCUCUGGGAGGAGUCGAGAAGACACUGAAAGAGGAACUCAAUAAACUAAAGAUGAUCCUGGAGGAAAAAGAGAAGGAGGCAGAGGAACAUCAUCAGCGGGGCAAAAUCCUCAAAGAAGAUUUAGAAAAGGCUCAACAGCAUAGGGACUCUGUGGUUAGAGAAUUUGAAGAGCUAAAGCAGAAGCAACAUGAUGGUCUGGGUGAGAUUUCAGAACAGUUGACACAAUCAAAGAGUGAGGUAAAGGAUCUUACGGAGCUCUUGGAAAGAGCCCAAAGUGAAUGCAAGCAAAAGGCUGACCUUCUUGAGCAGAAGGUUAAGGAGCUACAGGAGGUUUCGUGCCAAGUAGAACAGGCCAAACAGGAGAUCGCUGAAAAAGAGAACUCCUACACUGACAAAUUAAAGGCCAUGCAAGAAGAUGAGAAUAAAUUAAGAAAACAGUUAGAUGAGGAAAGGAAGGCUCAUGAGAGGAAGAUUGAGAAUAUAAAAAAAGACAUGGAUGCUAAACUCAAAUCUCAAGAGAAUAAAACAGAAAAGGUCCGACAGAAGACCAAAGAAAUGCAGGAGAAGUUCAAGAAAAAGCUUCAGGACACUCAGGAGGCACUGAAGGGAGAGCUAGCGAAAAAGGAGAAAGAACUGCAGCAGAAAGAAAAGCAACUCAAGGACAAGAUCUUGGAGAUGGCCCAAGCCAGUUCGGAGGGGAUGAGCACUGCCAUGUCUGACCUAGAGGCCAACCACAAAGAGCAGCUGGAGAAGCUCGGUGAGGUCAAGACACAGGAGCAAGAGCAACUUACUCAAACUUGGAAGGAGAAGCUCAGUCAGCAAGGGGAGGAGCUCCAGGAGAAACAUGCCCUUGAGCUGCAGGAGAAGGCCAAAGAGUUGGAAGAGAUUUCGGAACAACUCGGUGCCACCAGGGAGGAGAAGGAGCGAGUUCUUAAGGAGAUGACCAACUUGAGGGAGGAGUUGGCGAUAAGGGAGACCACUGUGCAGAAACUGCAAGCAGAAUUGAGGAAAGCGGCGGCCAAAUUAGAAAGUUUGUCACACGGAGAGGCGAUGCUGAAAGAGCAGGUGGAAUCGGUCGAGAAGAGGCUCAACCAGGCUCUCGGUGAAAGAAAUAUGUUCCAAGACCAGGUUGUGAAGUUGGAGGAUGAGAGUCGAGAAAGAGUACGGGAACUCUCCAGGAAUCUAGAAGACGUGCAAAAUAAGCUGAGUGUUCUAGAAGGUUCCAGGAAUAAGGAAGGCGAGGACUUCCAGAAGAAGCUGGAAGAGAAAGUUCUUGAACUACAAGUCAAGGAAAAAGAGUUUCAGAACCAUGUGCAGUCCAUGCAUGCACAGCUGGAGAAGCAUUGCAGAGAAGUCCGGGUGACAAUUGAGGGAUGUGCCGACCAGUUCGGCACGACUGUGGACAAUCGAGUGAGAGAACUUCAGGACAGAGUUGUAAGCACUCAAAAAAGGGUCAGCCAUCUUAGAAACACCAUCAUAGCAAAAACAGGCAGAAUUUGCACUUUAGAGGGACAGCUCAAGCAAAGCCAAGAGGAGAACCAGAAUUUGAGUAGAUCACUCGAGCAGCUGACUCUAAAACUGAAAGAAAAUUCAGAUCAUUUUGAAGCCUUAACAAAUGAGAGAGUGUCCUUGCAAAAAACAUCUGAGAAUAACUCUCAGAUCCUUUCAGAGAAGGAACUUCGCAUUGAACAGCUCACUGAGGAAAACCGAAUGAUUUCAGAAACUAUCAAAGCAAAUGCACUACAUAUCAGCAAUUUAGAGAGCAUCAUUAAUGACUUGAAGACUCAGUUAGCACAUAGCAUAGCUGACAAGGAAGAAGCCAUAUCUUUGCUGACUCAACAGCACGUGGAGGAAAAACAAUCGCUGAACAGCCAGAUGGAAGAGACCGUGGAAACUCUUAAUAAAGAAAAAAGUCUGGCUCUACAAGAGACAGAGACACUCAGGAACAAACUGACGGAGUUCAAAACAAAAGCAGAAUCCAAGUUCACCGACAACCAUAACACUGUUAAAUCUCUGCGGGCAAGAAUACAGGACAUGGAGAGGCAAAUAGCAGAGAAGGAGGAAAAUGUUCAGAGACUUGCAGCAAGCCUUGACAAUCAGUCCAUAAGCAAGUCAGAGAUGGACCAAGCUCUUUCGGAGAAGGAUCAAAAGGUCACCACUCUGACCUUAGACCUCCAAAGCUGCACAAGGAAAGCGGUUGACUUGGAAGAACGGUUGGAUGUGAGGACGAAAGAGUGUGAGCAGGUGAGGAGGGACCUGCAGCAGCUCAUGGACCUCAGGGACAACGAGAAGCGAGAGAUUAUGGAACAGGUGCAGCAGGCGCAGCAGGUGCAGUCCUCUCAAAGUGGUCACCUUGUCCAGGAGAUGGAGGGAAAACUCCUGUGUCUGCAGAAAGAAGUCCAAGCCGCCAAAGAACAACUGGAGCGUCAGACAUUGGAGUCGGAAAAGGAGAAAACUGAGUUACUGAGGGAGAAGGAGGACGCCUUGAAAAUGGCUGAGGAGCGGUCCUCGGAGGGUACGGGGAAAGUGGCGGAGCUGAAGAAGAAAGCCGAGCAGAAGAUCAGCCUUAUCCGAAAACAGCUGACCUCACAGAUCGAGGAGAAGGAGAAAGUCAUCAAGAGCCUGCAGACUCGGGUGCAUCAGAACCAGGAAGAGAAGGAGGAAGCCAUCAAGAGCCUGCAGACUCAGGUGCAUAAGAACCAGGAAGAGAAGGAACAGCAGAUGCAACUCCUCGGGAAGAAGGAGGAAGGCCUGGAGGAGGCCCUCAGGAGCCUGAGGGAAGAGCACGAAAAACAUCUUGAGCAAGUUCGCCACGACGAGAGCCUCACGAGGGAGAAAUGCUUAGAGAGUCUGAAGAGUAGCUACGAGGAAACAAUCGCAGCUCUUCAAACCAAAAUGUCUCAGGAAGAGAGAUGUGCUACGACAGAUAACGACAGGGGGGAGGAGGAGAUCCUCCCAAGCCUUAAAGAGCUCCAGGGAAAGCUUGAAGAAGCACACAAGCAGGAUGCCGACUAUCAAGCUGAAAUCAGCCGCCUUAAGGCAGACCUCUUAGAACAGGCCGCGUUGGUUCAAGAGUUACAGAAGACGAGACUCGUCGAGACGGAGCACUGUGUAGCUGAGCAAAACCAUAGCGUCUUGGGAAAGGAACCCGCGGGUGACGUCGUGACCCAAGAGGAAGUGGACGGGGAGAGUCAGAAGGAAGCUUUGGUGAAGGAGUAUGAACAGAAGCUUCAGGAACUGACUCAAAGGUUGGAGGAAAAGGAGGGCCUUCUAGGUGUCUAUCAAAACUCUUCUUCUCAGGGAAACGGAGAUGCUGAUGGAGAGAGUUCGUCGGAACAGAGUCCAGAGCACUUGAAGAGUGAGCUGGCGCGGGCCGAGCAGGAGAAGCAGAAGGUCCAGAAGGACUUCACCAGGUUGCAGAAAGACCUGCGCGCACUGAGGAGGGAACACGAGCAGGAGCUGGAACAUUUGAAGAGAGAGAUGGCGGAAGAAAACGAAAAGAAACAGAAGUAA